UCUCCCAUCAUUCCCCUCUCUCGCUACCACUCUCUCUCCCUCACACACACACGCGUGCGCUUUUACACACAUUCAUACGCCAGAGCUGACACUGCAGCAGAAAAACAGCCUGGUAGCGAAAAAGAGGGACUCCAUUGACUGUGAGAGAGGACUGUCUUCAUGGAGGCUCUAUCGAGGAGUACCUGACCAGAGGCAAUGGGCUGUGGGUGUGUGUGUUAGUGUGUGUGUGUGUGUGUGUGUGUGUGUGUGUGUGUGUGUGUGUGUGUGUGUGUGUGUGUGUGUGUGUGUGUGUGUGUGUGUGUGUGUGUGUGUGUGAGAGAGAGCACCCCAGCAAGAGAAGCAGCACUGCAGAUACUGACUGAGUCCGGGGCUCAGCUUGGAGCAUCGACCGAGAAACGAAGAUCCAUUGCUCUCAACCUCUGUGUGUGUGUGUGUGUGUGUCAGUGAAUGUGUAUGUUUGUGUAAGAGCUGGUGUGUCAUUCACUGCUCUGCCUGCGUAUCCUUGCGUAUCUGUGUCGUCGGCCCUCUCCCUGUCCCUGUCCCAGAAUGCUUCAUUCUGCGCCCCUGUGCUGAGGAGGCGUUGGGCAGUAUGGACUGUGCGCUGGCCGGGACCCCCCCCCACGGAUCUAGGCUGCCCCCCCAGGACGGGCACACACCGCACCUCUGCUGAUGGGCGAGGACACUGACACCACCCGAACACUGAACCACAGCUUCCUCCGAGACCACAACUAUGUGACUGAAGCUGAUAUCAUCUCCACUGUUGAGUUCAACCACACUGGAGAGCUCCUGGCCACAGGGGACAAGGGGGGACGUGUGGUCAUCUUCCAGAGGGAACCUGAGGGUAAGACAGAGCCAUUCUCCCAGGGGGAGUAUAAUGUCUACAACACCUUCCAGAGUCAUGAGCCGGAGUUUGACUACCUGAAGAGUCUGGAGAUAGAGGAGAAGAUCAACAAGAUACGAUGGCUGCCACAGCAGAACGCCGCCCACUUCCUCCUCUCCACCAAUGAUAAGACCGUUAAGCUGUGGAAGGUGAGUGAGCGGGACAAGAGGCCUGAAGGCUACAACCUGAAGGAUGAGGAGGGCAGGAUGAAGAACCUCUCCACUGUCACCUCACUACAGGUGCCGGUGUUGAAGCCCAUGGAUCUGAUGGUGGAGGUGAGUCCUCGGCGUGUCUUUGCCAACGCCCACACCUACCAUGUCAACUCCAUCUCUGUCAACUCUGACCAUGAGACCUACAUGUCAGCUGACGACCUGAGGAUCAACCUCUGGCACCUGGGCAUCACCAACCGCAGCUUCAACAUCGUGGACAUCAAGCCAGUGAACAUGGAGGAUCUGACAGAGGUGAUAACAGCAGCAGAGUUCCAUCCUCACCACUGUAACCUGUUGGUCUAUAGCAGCAGUAAGGGAACUCUACGGCUCUGUGACAUGAGAGAGGCCGCACUGUGUGACAAACACUCCAAACUGUUUGAGGAGCCAGAAGACCCCAGUAACCGCUCCUUCUUCUCUGAGAUCAUCUCGUCUGUGUCGGACGUGAAGUUCAGCCACAGCGGGCGCUACCUGCUGACCAGAGACUACCUCACUGCCAAGGUGUGGGACCUCAACAUGGAGAACAAGCCCCUGGAGAUAUACCAGGUGCAUGAAUACCUCCGCAGCAAGCUUUGCUCCCUGUACGAGAACGACUGCAUCUUCGACAAGUUUGAGUGUGUCUGGAACGGCUCAGACAGUGUGAUCAUGACUGGGGCCUACAACAAUUUCUUCCGGAUGUUUGACCGGAACACCAACCGUGACGUGACCCUGGAGGCGUCCAGGGAGAGCAGUAAGCCCCGGGCCGUGCUCAAGCCUCGGCGCGUCUGCCAGGGCGGGAAACGACGCAAGGAUGACAUCAGCGUGGACAGCCUGGACUUCACCAAGAAGAUCCUGCACACGGCCUGGCACCCCACGGAGAACAUCAUCGCCAUCGCUGCCACCAACAACCUGUACAUCUUCCAGGACAAACUCAACCAGGAGAUGCAUGGCUGAGAGAGAGAGCAGGAGGCUGGAGACGUACACACACACACACACACACUGAAGCAAACAUUCAUUCAGACAGUAAGGCAAGCAAGAACAUGUAACAUAUGCACACACACACACACACACACUCUCUCUCUCUCUCUCUAGAUGACAGGGAGAUGCUGUAAAGACACACACUCCACAGUUCUCAGUGGAUGGACUGGUCCACCCUAGGACCAGAC